AUGAUGGAAAGAUUUUCUAACUAUUCCCCCAGAUAUAGUUAUAAUGCAAUAUUCAGUGAUGUUUGUAAGGCAAGGUUUAACCACUUAGCAAUGAGAUUGUUUGUUAUAUUAGUGAUAAUGGAAGCUUCCAUAUUCACAAUACUGUCAAAAAGUUAUUAUUCUACUUUAGAGAGUCUUUUUCUAUUCUUAAUCAAAUUCAUUUUACUUUAUUUUGCAUCAUUAAGCAUUUCAAUAAUUAGAAAAAAUUAUUUACACGUUCAAUUUAAAGGAUAUUCAAAUGUAAUAACCCAUGUACUUGGUCAAUUAUUUAGUUUGAGAACAAUAGUAUACCAAUUGCUUCACGUAUUUUGUUCUGUUUUAAUAUCAUUAGCAAUUGGUGAAAGUUUUGGUUUAUCCUACUUAUCCGCCAAUUUACUAAAUUAUUAUAGAAUUUACAUCUGGUUUAUUAUUCCUACUAUUUAUACUGUUCAGCAUAGUAUGUUUGAUUUAGAUAGAUUGUCAUUUACUUUUGAAUCUCAAUUCGAACCCCCACAACAGUUUAUUGCACUAAGAAUAUAUAGAAUGAUAGUAAAAUGUUCAAUGUUAACAGUAUCGUUAAUGUUUUUAACACCCAUUAUCUUCUAUUUUUUAGCAGGAAGUUUUUUCAUAGGAUUCCUGCCACAAUUUGAGUUAUAUUUGGUCUCGUUUUUGGUAUUUCUACAUUUUGAAUUCGUGAAUAUUGCAUUUAAUGCUCAUAUGUCAAUUGGAUGUUUACAUAAGGGUAAACCAAUUUCCUCACUUUUACCAACUAAGAUAGAGACCUUAAUUAGCGGUUUAACAUCCAAAAAACAAUUUACCAAACUAACUGCAUUUCAAGAAUUAGCGUAUAGAGCAACAUCUGUUGAUCCAGGUAUACGUACAUCUAUAUAUAACAGCAGACACGGGAAUGUAAAUUUAUGGUCAAAUAUUGUCAAAGAAUGUCUAAAUAACAUAAACGAAUCCAAUCAAAAUGUGAAUGCAUAUCUAAUGUCAGUACAGACAUAUUUAAAUUUGGAUUCAUCAAAAACACCAACUGAAGGAAAACAAAACUUCGUUGAUAUCCAGAAUGAAGACGUAUUAUUUGGUAGCCAUCCUGUAUUAUCUAAAAAUUUGUAUCCAAAUGCAAGCAACAGAAUUCCAGGAUCUAUUAAUGCCGAUGAUAUAAAUUCCAGUAGACUUAACGUUAGAAACGAAAAAAUACUCUUAGGGGGUGGAAGAAGAGUUAUCAAUGCUAACGUUAAUAAAAACCAACCAUUGAACUCCAUUUAUAAAAGAAGGCAUUCAAUAAAUGAACCAAUUUUUACACAUGAGGCAGCAUUCUUUACAAUACUGAAAGUUCUUUUUGACAAGAUAAAAUCAAUAGUUGCAAAAUUUUUCUUUCCAUCAGUUGAAUUGACGCCUACAAAUUUGCAAAGAGUGACAAUACUUGAUACAUGGUUAAUCUCUAAGAAAUGGCAGGCAGAAAAAUUGAUUCCAUUACCUGUUUGUCAUGCUAAUAGUAUCAUAAGUUUAAUGGGGUUAUUGAUGAAUGCUAUAGAUGAAGAUCCAAGAGGAGGUGUUGUAUCGUCAGUUGGGGAAGUUUUGAAGACACUAGAGAGGUCUGUCGGGAUUCUAGGAAAAUUUGUAGACUGGGAUCCAUACAAUUCAACAACAAUAACUCAAACAGAAGAAAAAGAGCCAAAUGCAGUUUCAAUAUUAUAUGAUUUUUCAAUUAGUGCAUUUUUAGAAAUUGUAUUAAAAUACAAUGUAUUACUAAAUGACGUAUAUUUAGAUGAAGAUGUUGUGAAACUAAGUAAAUGGGUUCUAGAUUUAUGCAACUGA